CGGCAAUACAGUUCCUGGACAUCCAAACUUCUGUGGUUCCAUAGGAAGCCAGGAUGUACCUGCUGGAUCAUCUGCUUCUGAGAUGUAUCUGCCUCUCACUUUUAAUAUUCCACUUUUCUGAUGCUCGUGCUUCAUACUAUAUUUCAGCCCCUAAUAUUGUAUCCUCUGGAAUCAAUACAACACUUAGUGUUCACUGGUUUGGGAGCAGUUAUUCUGAAAUCAAUGUCACUGCUGGAAUUUUACACCAAGAUGUAACUGUAGUUCAAGCAACACAAGUUUUUCAGAAAGAUUCCAUUGGAAUUAUGUCUAUACCUGCAACUCCAUUGGAUUCUUCCAACUAUUUUUUAUUUGUAAAUGGAUCAGCUGGAAAUGAAUUGAUUUUUUCAAAUAAUUUUGGCCUGACUAUAAAACAAAUUCAAACAAAAACAUUCAUUGAAACGGACAAGAAAAAUUACAGACCUCAGGAAACAGUCAAGAUUAGAAUUAUCACUGUAUAUACUGACUUGACACCAUACAAAGGACCUAUAAAUAUAUAUAUAAGGGAUUCAAGUUAUGACAUUAUAAAACAAAUACUAAAUCAGAACACUGAAUUAGGAGUUUUUUCAACUGAGGUUUUACUACCUGCCAAGUCAGCUCUUGGCUCCUUGUCUAUAAGUGCUGGACCAAAUGGUUAUGAAAGCUAUGAAUCUAUUGUUGUUGUUCAAAAUGAGCCUCCUGAUUUUGAUGUAACAAUAGUGGCUCCUUCAUACUACUAUAAACAAAGCAAACAAGACUUUGUUGGGAAAGUUUUUGCAAACUACAGCAAUGGAAGACCUGUUAAAGGAACUGUAACACUUUCACUAAAUUUUGAUACUUAUAACAUAUAUUAUUAUGAUUCUUAUCCUGAAGAUCUCACUGAUGUGAAUAAAAUAUUUGAGAUAUAUGGAUCUGUAAACUUCAGUUUCUCCUACUCUGAAGCCUUUAAGUGUCCAUUUUGGCAAAGGUUGAUUUUAACAGCUUCAGUGACAGAGGAAAAGACGGGCAAAACAGUGACUGCUUCAUGGUAUAUUCAGAGAGCAACUUCUCAGUACAGAAUUUUUGUUGUUGGUCAACUAGACUAUUCAUUUCCUAAUCAAGCUAUCACAGCAAAGAUCCAGAUCCAAAGAUCAGAUGAUUUGCCUUUAACACAAGAAGAAAUGAAUACAAAUGUUUUAAUUACAUUUGGCAACUACCUUCCAAUUACAAGGACUUACAGCAUUUCAGCAUCUGGAAUUCUAAACAUUCAAAUUCCAUUUUAUGAUUAUUCAUUUCAUUCUAGCCAUUCUUAUGUUCUUUAUAUGACGGCCACUUAUAAAGACUCUACUCAUCAAUGGACCGUGUUCACACCAGACACCUGGUAUUGGAACCCUGCAGUUAACAUUAAAGGGCCAGACACACCUGUACAGACUGGAAUUCCAUUUACCAUAAGUGUUGGAACUGUCCCAGAAGUUCAGUAUGUGUAUUAUGUGGUAAGUGGUGGAGGAGUAAUCGUUGCCGCUGGAAAGACGAGCAACUCUUCAUUUACUCUCACUGCUGAAACCUCAUGGCUUCCCUCUGUGCAAGUCACUGCUUAUUUUAUUAAUCCUGAUGAACGUUUUGGUAGUGAUAUUGGGUUUAAUACUAAGAUAUUUCACAUCACGGGCAACAAGGUUGCUUUGUCAUGGAGUAAAAGCAAAGCAAAGCCUUCAGAAUAUGUGUCUCUGACAAUCAGCAAUAUCACUAAAACUCCUGCUAUUGUGGGCCUGAAAGUGGCUGAUAUAAAUGACAAACUGUCAGGAAAUACAAACAGUCUAGCUGCCAAAGUGGAGAAUAUAUAUUCAGGGAAUUCUUACUCCCCAUAUUCUGAUGGCAACAUUGGCGAUCCCUACAGCUAUGGACUACAAUUACAUAGUAAUGAUCCAAAUAAUGAUCCAAUAAACCAGCCUGUGAAUUUGCGACCUCUUAUUCCUGAGACCUGGAUCUGGUUAGAAACCCAUAUCAGCUCUGGAGUAAAUUCUAGCCUGCAAGUAACUUUACCUCAUAAAGUUAUGACUUGGGUGGCCAGUGCUUUUGUGAUAUCGGAAGGACUUGGUUUGGGAGUGUCAGAGCAAUAUCCUGAGCUUGAAGUUUUCCAACCUCUUCUUCUGACCCUGAAUGCUCCCAGGACUGUAAUCAGAGGCGAAAAUUUCAUUUUAAAAGUUACCCUGGAGGCCUACAUAGCAACAGACUUUCAGGUGACCGUGAUGUUGGAACCUAGUAGCUCCUUUGAAAUAAUUAUUCCAGAUAACAAUACAAAUAGUGUACCAGGACAAAGAAGUGUCUUCAUACAAAGUAAUGGAUCAAAGGAGGUGCUAUUUCCUAUAAAUCCUAAGAAACUUGGUGAGAUGUCUCUCACUGUACAAGCCAACGCUCUGGGAUUUUCAGAUUCUGCAACCCAAACAGUAUUAGUAAAGGCUGAAGGCAUACAGCACUUUUAUUCCAGCAGCGUUAUUUUAAAUGGAACUGAUGGAAAAAAAUUAUCAUUCACUUUUCCUGUUGAUGUGGUAGUCGACACCAAACAAGCAUCUCUCAGCAUUACUGGAAACUUCCUUGCACCAUCAAUUAAAGGUCUUGAAUCACUGAUUCAAUUGCCCACUGGUUGUGGAGAACAAAACAUGAUUCACUUUGCUCCAGUCAUUUAUAUUUUACAAUAUUUAAUAGCAAGUAAGCAGAUAACUGAAGAUUUUAGAACAAAAGCCAUUCGUUUCAUGGAAAAAGGUUAUCAAACAGAAUUAAACUACCAGACAUAUUAUGGUUCAUUCAGUGCUUUUGGAAGCACGGAUUUUCCUGCGAGUACUUGGCUUUCUGCAUUUGUUCUAAGAUGUUUACUCCAAGCUCGUCAAUUUAUUAGCAUAAGCGAAGACGUAUUAUCUAGAACAAAAAAAUGGUUAUUUUUUAACCUGAAUGAAGAAACGGGCAUUUUCCAAGAAUCUGAACAAAUUCUAAAAACUCGCCUUCAGGUUGGAUCAAAUGGUGUCAUUGCCCACAAUGCAUACAUACUGAUAGCUUUGCUGGAAGAUGAAAGCAACAAAAAUGUUGCAUACAGAAUGAAUAAAACAAUACAAUACCUUGAGAACAAGACAGAAGAAGGUAUUACCAGUAACUACACUUUAUCAAUUGUGGCCUAUGCUUUAUCAGUGGCCAAUAGCUCCAAGGCAGCAGCAGCACUCACUCAACUUAACUCAAGGGCAAACAGUACUGGGUUGCAAAGGUAUUGGUCUUCUGGAAUUGACCCAUCAAACGACUGGCAGCCCCUUUCUGCAGAUAUUGAGACAGCUGCUUAUGCACUGCUCUCCCACUGCCAGCAAAACAGGAUUGCGGAAGGCGUUCCUAUCAUGAAUUGGCUGAGCCAGCACAGAAAUCACCUUGGGGGAUAUUCUUCUACCCAGGAUACCAUUAUGGCUCUCCAGGCUUUAACCAAGUUUAUGACAUUGGUUCCAACUUCUAACAAUACUUCUCUGACUGUGUCAGUUACUGAUUCAGGAUCUAUUGUACCAAAUACAUUUAACAUCACAAAUGAAAAUCUUCUGGUUGUACAAAGUCAGCAGAUUUAUGCACUCGAGCCAUUGGAACUGGUUGUUUCUGCAGCUGGAGAAGGAGCAGCUCUUUUGCAGCUAAAUGUUGUUUACAACAGUAAAGGAGAAGCAGUUCCUUCAGAGGUAUUUAAGCUGAGUGCAACAGUAGAUGACAGCGAUAGCCAUAACCGGAUAUCAGUCAAUGUAUGCUCAAGCUAUCAAGGCCCAGAGAAAGAACCCGGCAUGAUUCUUUGGGAGGUUGAUAUGCUUAGUGGAUUCAAACUGGACCCCGUUGGUAUAAAUUUAAAUGACCCUCUUAAACUAGUGGAAACAAAAGAUGAGAAAGUGUUCCUGUACUUCGACUCUAUGAACGCAAUUGAGAAUUGUGUAGCUGUUCCUAUGGUUCGUACAUCGAUGGUUGUAGGUUCCCAACCAGCACUAAUCACAAUCUUAGAUUAUUAUAAUCCAGAAAUCCGUACAACAAGAAUUUACAAUUCAGAUAAACUAAGUAAAGCCACAGUUUGUGAAUUCUGUGGACUGAAUUGCAACAAUUGUAUAUCCAAUGUCACAACAUCUACGAAUACAACUGAACAGGUCUCGAAUAGCAGCGCUACUGCACCAAAACUUGCCAUGCUUUGGUUCUGCAUGAUCUGCAUGUGGUAUAUUCUCUAGCCAUGAUAUUUAGAUACAGAUUUACUUAAAAUAUUCUUUGUAUUCUUGCUUUAUGUUCAGUCUUUUAAUGCUACUUUUCUCCACCUAAUGAUCUGAAUUUUAAGUAAUCAUAUCUUAUAAUACCAAGUUUAGUGUAACCCAGAUUUAUGUCAGGCCAGAUAAUUGCAGAGCUGUAUUAAUCAAAACUAAAUACAUAUUGUUGAUAGGUUCUUAUAAGAUAAAUCAUUAUAAAUUAAUUCUUCUAUUAGAAAUUGUCAUUUUUUUAAAAUCUAUUUUUUCUCACUUUAAGUAUCAUAACAAACAGCUGUAGGGCUAUAUUAAAGGCCUUCCUUAUUAUAAAAUGAGUUCAAGCUAUAUACCUCUAGAUAGACACCAAAUAAAUAAAAGGUAAUAUAACCUGCAAGAGUGUACCCCAGCAACAACAUCAGAUUUGUUUAAUAUAUAAUUAUUUUUUACAAAUAAGAGAUUCUUACAAUUUAUAUUUUUGCCUGAAUAUUAAAACUCAACUGUUAUGUUUUGAAAAAAUAAAACUUUGUGAUGGUGAAA